AUGGCGGCCCAGGAGGCGGCCCAGGAGGAUAGGAUUCCGAGUUUAUUUGCUUUGCUCCCGGAGCUGUCUGCUUUUCUAGGCAUAGAUGCAGUUCAGUUCGCCAAAGAAAUGGAAGAAGGAUUUCAGAAGGAACGAGAAAAAAUGCAGAAAGGCUUUAACUCACACAUGCGCAGUGAAGCAAAAAGGUUGAAGAGUUUUGUGACCUAUGAGCACUACAGCUUGACGCCACAGGAGAUGGCAGCAGCCGGGUUUUAUUUCACUGGCGUAAAAUCUGGGAUUCAGUGCUUCUGCUGCAGCUUGAUCCUCUUUGGUGCCGGCAUCCACAGACUCCCCAUAGAACUUCACAAGAAGUUUCGUCCACGUUGUGAGUUCCUUUUGGCAAAGAGUUGGUACGUUGGCAAGUAUGAUAUAAGAGAUCAAGAAUCCAGAGAACAUGCUGAAGGCGACAAAGCAAGGUACCAGGAAGACAGGGCCAGACUCGAAUCCUUCCAGAACUGGCCAUUUUACGUGCAAGCGGUAUCCGUGAGGGACCUCUCAGCUGCUGGCUGUGUUCUUACAGGUAAACGGGACACUGUGCAGUGUUUUUCCUGUGGUGGAUGUUUAGGAAACUAAGAGGGAGACGAUCCUUGGAAGGAACAUGCCAAGUGGUUCCCCACAUGUGAAUUUCUUCAAAGUAAGAAAUCUUCAGAGGAAAUUGCACAGUAUAUCCAAAGCUACAAGGGAUUUGUUGGUGUCACGGGAGAACAUUUUGUGAAUUCCGGGUCAAGAGACGAGUUACCUAUGGUGUCAGCGUAUUGCAAUGACAGCAUCUUUGCUAAUGAAGGACUACGACUGGAUUCUUUUAAGAGCUGGCCCCAUGCAUUCCCUGCAGGAGUUUCAGCUCUGGUCAGAGCAGGUCUUCUCUAUACAGGCACGAAGGACAUCGUCCAGUGUUUCUUCUGCGGAGGAUGUAUGGAGAACUGGAAGGAAGAUGAUGACCCAUUAGAAGAUCAUGCCAAAUAUUUUCCCAAUUGUCAGUUUCUCCAAAAUCUGAAGUCCUGUGCAGAAGGGAUCCCAGACGAUCACAACCACUGUGAACUUUCUGAAUUAACGGACACCACAAGUGAAAGCUAUGGUGAAGAUUCAGCAGCAGUUAGUUCUGUAGUACCGGCAGCGGCCCAGGGUGAAGCCCAGUGGCUUCAGGAGGCGAAGAAUCUGAGCGAGCAGCUGAGAGAAUCCUAUACCAGUGCCAGUUUCCGCCACAUGUGUUUGCUUGAGGCCUCUCCCUCUCUGGCCACCGACCACUUGCUGGGCUGUGAUCUAGCCCUGGCUUUAAAACACAUCAGCAGUCCUGUGGAAGAGCCUGUGGUGUUGCCGGAGGUCUUUGCCAACUUGAACUCUGUCAUGUGUGUGGAGGGCGAAACAAGUAGUGGAAAGACAGUCCUGCUGAAGAAAAUAGCUCUUCUAUGGGCAUCAGGAUGCUGUCCCUUGCUGAACAGGUUCCAGCUGGUCUUCUAUCUCUCCCUUAGUUCUGCCAGACUGGACCAGGGGCUGGCCACCAUCAUUUGUGACCAACUCCUAAAAACGGAAGGCUCUGUCACCGAAACGUGCCUGAGGAACAUCAUCGAGCAGUUAAAGAAUCAAGUGUUAUUCCUUUUGGAUGACUACAGAGAGAUGUGCUCAGUUCCCCAGGUCAUAGAAAAACUAAUUCAAAAAAACCACUCAAGGAGCUGCUUAUUGAUUGGUGUACAUACAAACAGGGCCAGGGACAUUCGCCGAUACCUAGACACGAUUCUGGAGAUAAAAGUGUUUCCCUUCUAUAAUACCAUGUAUUUAUUACGGAAACUCUUUUCACACGAUAUGAGUUGUGUGCGAAAGUUUAUGGUUUACUUUAGAAUGAGCGAGAAUUUGCGGGGAAUUCACAAGACUCCUCUCUUUGUAACAUCACUGUGUGCUAACUGGUUGCAGUAUCCUUUGAACAAAGCCAUUGAUGGUGUGGCUGUUUUCAAGUCGUAUAUAGAAUGCCUUUUCUUAAAGCACAAAUCCAAAGCUGAACUUGUCAGAGCAACCGUGUCCUCUUGUGGCGAGCUGGGCUUGAAAGGUUUGUUUUCAUCUUGCUUUGAGUUCAGUGAUGAUGACCUUACAGAAGCAGGAAUUGAUGAAAGGGAAGGUUUAGUCUCGUGCCUCUUGAGCAAAUUCACAGCCCAGAGACUAAGACCGGUCUACCAGUUUCUAAAUCCCGCAUUCCAAGAAUUUCUUGCAGGGAAGAGGCUGAUUGAACUUCUGGAUUCUGACAGGCAAGAAGAUCAAGAUUUGGGACUUUCUUAUUUGAAACGAAUUAACUCAUCAGUGACGGCUGUAGGUCUCUACAGCACUCUUGUGAAUUACCUCUCCUGCCACCCUUCAACAAAGGCAGGGCCAAAGAUUGUAUCUCAUUUGCUUCAUUUGGCAGAUAGUAAAGAGUCAUUGGAGAUAAUAUUGAAAAACAAUAACUACUUGAAGCACCAUCCAGAAAUUUCAGAGAAGUUGGAAUGUAUGAGGUCAGUGUGGCAGGUAUCUCCAGAAAGUUACUUUUCCAUCAUUUCAAACCAGUUACUGUCUCUUGCCAUAAAAAUUGCUUACCAAAGCCACACUGUUGCUGCCUGCUCUCCAUUUAUUUUGCAGUUCCUUCAAGGGAAAACCCUGAAUUUGGAUGUACUUAAUUUACCGUAUUUUUUUGACCACCCAGAAAGCCUAUUACUGUUGAGGAGCAUCCAGGUCUCCAUAAGAGGAAAUGAGGUACACACACUAGAUUUGUCAGUCUUGGAAACAUGCAUAGACAAAUCACAGGCACCGACUGUUGAUCAGGACUGUGUUUCUGCCUUUGAAUCUGUGAGUGCGUGGAAGCAGGAUAUAGCUGAAAAAGAAGAAAACAUAAAGCACUUUCAGAACCUGAGACUCGCGAAACUACCAGACAUCAGUUCUGGCUACUGGCACCUUUCCCCAAAGCAGUACAAGAUCCCCCUUCUGGAAGUGCAUGUGUCUGGAGGGGCCACUGUGAACCAGGAGAUGCUCAGGGUUCUCACAGUCGUUUUCUCAGCCUCGCAGUGCAUCGAACUCCAUUUACAAAACAGCGGGGAAUUUAUGGCCGGCAUCAGCCCUGCUCUGGAGCAGAGUAAGAACUCUGUCACCAAGUGCUCAGUGUUCUGCCUGGAGCUGAGCACAGCAGAACAGGAAUUGCUUCUCACCCUGCCUGCCCUGGAGUCUCUUCAAGUCUUGGGGACAAGGCAGGUACCAGGUAAACUUCUUACUAAUUUGGACAAGUUCCUAUGCCUGAAAGAACUCUCUGUGGAUCUGCAUCAUCAACAAAAUGUUUUUGCACUCAUUCCUGAAGAAUUCUUCAAUCUCCACCACAUGGAGAAAUUAUUGAUCCAAAUUUCAGCUGAGUAUAGUCCUUCUAAGCUAGUGAAAUUAAUUCAGAAUUCUCCAAACCUUCAUGUUUUUCAUCUGCAAUGUAAUUUCAUUUCGGAUUUUGAAUCUCUCAUGACUGCACUUUCUUCCUGCAAGAAACUCAAAGAAAUUAAUUUUUCUGGAUCAUUUUUCACACCCAUCCCAUUUGUCACUGCUUUGCCAAAUUUUAUUUCCCUGAAGAUACUAAGUCUUAAAAACCAACAAUUUCCUGAUAAGGAAACAUCUGAAAAAUUUGCCUACACCUUAGGUUCUCUUAACAACCUGGAAGAACUGGAACUUCCUACUGGGGAUGGGAUUCAGCAAGUGGCCAAACUGAUCAUCCAGCAGUGUCAGCAUCUUCAGUUUCUUCGAAUUCUCUCAUUGUGCCAGAUUUUGGAUGAUGACAGUGUGAUGGAAAUUGCCAAGGUAGCAAUCGAUGGAGGUUUCCAGAAACUUGAGGACCUAAAUCUUUCAGUCAAUCACAAGAUUACAGAGGAAGGAUACAGAAAUUUCUUUCAAGCACUGGACAACAUGCCACACUUGAAAGAGUUGACUAUUUCUAGGCAUUUUACUAAAUGCAUCAAAGCUCAGGCCACAACAGUCAAGUCUUUGAGUCAGUGCAUGUCACGACUGCCAAGCCUCAUCAGACUUAACAUGUUAAGUUGGCUCCUGGAUACAGAAGACAUCACACUGCUUACUGCCAUGAAGGAAAGACAUCCUCAAUCUAAACGCUUAUUUAUUCACUGGAAAUGGGUACUGCCAUUCUCUCCAAUUGUUCAGGAAUAGAAGAUGUACCUAAAAACUGAAUUACAAAUUUGGAGAGGGAAGUUUUUAGAAUUGUUGACACAAAGUCUUGCACACAAAAGGGUAUUUACAGUAAGGCAUGUUAAAGAAAACCCCAAAACCACUACCAGAACCUUUGCAGUCCCUGAAUGAUUCUCCCCAACUAAAUAGAAAUCAGUUCUUCAAUCAAGUUUAUACACCUAACCCUCCAUAAUCGGGGAUCAGCAUCCGGUUUUCAGACUCACUGUGGUAAGGAGGAUAAAAACAGCUAUGGGAAUGGAGUGAGGUACACAGAUGGGUCUUAAAGCCACAAUACGGAAGAAGUAUUCAAGUUACAUAUAAAGUGAAUUUCAAGCCUUUACCACCAGUCCAGUUUAAUCUUUUGUGGGCCAAGAGAUACGCCUUAAUACUUCUAGGAUUUGUUGUGUAUAUUAAUUUUGGUAUAAGAGGCCCAUACAAGGUAGAAGUAAGAUUUAAGGGAAAAAGCUCCUAGUACAGAGGCUUUUGAUUCAACACUUACUGUAUCAGCAUAAAGUACAAAACAGCACUUCUAAGAUUCAGACUAAAAUGGAGAGGGCGCAGCCCUCGACAUCAGGUUUGUUGAAAUGCAGCCCAAGAAGGUUUGAGCUUUGGGCAUUUGGCUGACGAAGUGCCUUACAGGUAUUAGAGGAAGCCAUUCGUGUGGGGGUACUGCGUUAGAAAAACCACGCGUUGCGUCUAUCUGCUAGAACAACACACUGGAAGCAGGGAAAGAAGUCUCUUGCUCCUACAGUGUCUUACCACUACUCUCUACUGACAAAGCUUUAUACUGUGCCUGCUGCGGGGACAGGUCGUCACAGAGUGAAGAUCGAUUACUGCAGAGAAGGGCAAUAAAGGCUGGAUUUGGACACGAGAAGCAACAACUUGAUAACUGAUAAAACUAUUACUUAUUAAAUAGCUUAGACCUAAACUAAAAGAACCUUGUUAGAUUUAAGAUUGAUAGGAUGCACAUAAAUAUUUAUAGAAAACGUCUUACAUGAUCUAGAAGACACAGGGAACCGGCUAGUGAUUGACUUCAGGGAGGGGGCCAGGAUAGCAAGGGAAUAGGAGGAAGGUCUGAUUCUUUUUUCUUUGCAGAUCUUUUGUACUGUUUGAAUUCUGUACCGUGUGUGUGUACUAUUAAAAAUGGUAUUUUAAAAAC